GACCAGUUCCGUAGGUAAGUGAGAGGAUCCGAGUGUCGGCUCCGCGGGAGUGUUGCAGUGCCGUUGCAGUUGCAGUGCCACUUGCACAUUCGCGCGCCUUGUGUGACGUUGAACUCCCAUCGAACGCUCGUGGCGAAGGGAUAUUGUCCAGGCACCGAGAAGCCGUAGCGAGACGGGCUGUUUAUACUUUUCUUUAGUCUUCUCUGCAUCCUGUGCCUUCGACCUUCGUGAGAAAAAGAUCGAUUGUCGUGAACUUGGAAGAAAAAGAAGACAGAAAAUAGAGCGUGCGUGCGGAAAACCCAUGGCCGCGAGGGUCGCUGCGCCGUGGCCCACGUGGCUCCAGGCACUGCCUUCCCAACGCUGACCCUAACACCCGUUCCUUCAGCCGAAAGCCCCUCACGGCGACAAGCCAAGCACACGCUCGGGGCUUUGACUGACACUGGGGCCGGGUUAAGGUCAGCCAACCACGCCCUCGACCAUCAGCGCCCUCUGUUGGACACAACAAGAACUGCACUGACGCUGCCGCCCACCUGUUGGCGUGCUCGUACACAGGUGUGCCGAAACGUGUGCUGAGUAAUAGGGCGCUGAGGGGCGGGGGAACGGGCAGGGGGAGAGGUGGCCAGCAGGACAGGCUGUGCCGGGCGGGCAAAGGAGGGGUGCCUGUUGCUCUCGCUGCGCUGUCGGAUUGCCACAGCCGUCGCAACGCCGUUCCCAGCAACUCCGCUAAAAAAAAACGCCACCGCUUCGGGAUCGCUGAUCGCUCAUAGUUCCUGUGUUAUUGCCUCUCCCGCCCUCCCCGUUCUUCCCAGAAAUAACGGGAAAAAAGUUCGUGUGUUGCGCCCAGCAAGAGAACUCGGGCGGAGGGCCAGCUGGUUCGCCCCCGCGGCCGCCAGGCAUGACCCUCUGGAGAAGCACUCGAGCGGUGCCUGGAGUGUGCCUUCCCCUUGUGCCUUCCGCCGGCUGGUGCCAGUGCCUUGCUUCGUGAUGCGCGGUGGUGCCAGCGCGGGGCAGCGUGCCUGGCGUGACUCUGACACGUGGCCCGGGGCUUGGCGAGCGCGGAGUAGUGACGGCGUGAAAUAAGAAAAAUUGAAGAUAAUAAGAAUAAGAUUAAGAAUAAGAAUAAGAAAUUAAGGGGGACCAGCUACGGCCACAAUGUUCCAGCAGUUUUUGUACCAUCAUCCACGCGCUGUCUCUCCCUCAGCGCUCCUGUUCCCAGCGGUGAACUCCCGGCGGCGGUUCCUGAUCCACAACACCGUCCAGGAGUACUUCCCCGGCCUGACCACCGUCAGCGUGGGCCACGGGGAGCAGCGCCGCACCGUCGUCACCUUCAGGAACUCAGCGGAGGACGCGCAGGAGGCGACCGAGUACCGGUCGUCGAAGCAAAAGCAAGAGGAAGAAAAGGAAGAGGAAAUAGGAGCAGGAGGAGGGAGAGGAGGAAGGGGCGGAGGAGGACGGCGUAGAGAAGCAGCAACAGGAGCCUCAGGAGCAGGGUCGGCAGGAGGCAUUCCCGAGGAGCGCCUCCCGAAGAACGAGGACCGGAGGGACGACGCCACCACGAAGGCCGCCAAGCUCCAGCACCACCAGCAGUGCCCGCAGCAGAAACAAGCGCCGCCGGCCCAGCAGCAACACAGUCGGGGAUCACAGCAGCACAAGGGCCUCCAGCAGCAGGCUGAGCAGAGACAGCAGCAGCAGAGGAAGGGGUCGCAGCAUCAGCUCAAUAACGUAGGACCGCAACAGCAACAACAAAAACAACAGUUACAAGAACAGCAACAACAGACUUCAGGUAAACAAAGACAGCGAUCGAGGAAAGCCCGCAGUCGCAGUUGUCACUCCGAGCCAAGGAACGGCGGUCGUCAGCGCCAACAACAACAACAUCAACAACAACAGCAGCAUCAACAACAACAGCAGAAGCAGCAGCAGCAGCAACAGCAGCAGCAACAGCAGCAGCAGGGUAACAGCGGCGGAGGCGGCGGUCCGAAGCAUGACGAGCGGCAGGUGAGAGAGGACACGCCUCCAGAGGACUCGCAGAGCAAGAAGCGGCGAAACCGAAGGAACAGGAAGCAGCGCGAGAGGCAGGAACAGCAGCAGCAGCAGAAUCAGCCUCAGCAGGCGGAGCAUGUGAACGGGAGACACGAGGACGAAGACGAGAGGGACAACUCAGUGCCAUACCGCGCCGGCCACAACCACCACAGGGGCGGAAACCAUGCCUUUGAGCGCAGGGGAGCAGCCCCAGUGAGAGCGAGCGGAGAGUCCGAGUGGGACUUGUGUGCCCGGGGAGUCGAGGGCCAUGUGAGUGAAAGCGGGGGGAAAGCAAACCGAGUGAAAACUGAGAGUGAGAGCGAUAAAGCGAGGAAUAGCAACGCCGGACAAGGAAGCGGAGGAGGACCUACCUCGCUCAGAGAAGACGGCGGCGAUCUAAGACUAUUCCUUAACUCCCGCCGGGAAAUCCUAGCGCAGAGCAGGUCGGCAGAAGCGUCAUCGGCCGGCGGUAGAGCGACGCCCAGCACCGCCGCCCACGACCACCACAGAAUGCCAGUCACCAUGACCACUGACGACUACAGUGGCAACAACAGCCGCCCGAGAGGCAAGGCAUGUGCACAGAUCUACAGACCCCCUCCAGCCCGCAGCACAAGGUUGGAUUCUGGCCCAGUGCAGCAACAGCAACUUUAUCAGCCUAAGCAGCAGCAGCAGCACAAUCAGUACUACCAACAUACACAGCACAGUCCACAGAAUAAUCAGUAUCCACAGCACCAAUACCCACUUCCUAAUAGGCAGAGAACUGACAGUGAGAGCAGUUACGUGAUGGGUGACCACCAGGGAGGGAAGGCAGGGAGGGGGCGUCGUCCAGACCAGAUGCUUUACGUUCCAAGGGGGAGGCGCAAUAUGGAUUCAGGAUCUGUGCGUGGAACGCCUACCCCAAUGCAGGAUUAUGAACAAUCUCAGAGGGCUCCCUCUCCCACCUUUUCCAUCUGUUCUGUUGUGUCAGAGUACAGUGGCAGGAAUCGCUAUAGCAAGCAUGAUAGCCGUCACGGCAGUCAGCUUUCCAUCUAUGAUGGAGAUUUCGACAGAAUUAAAUCUAAGCCUCCUCUGUCAAAAGGAGAAUUUAGCAGAGAGUCAACCCCAGGAAACGGAAGACAGAAGGGUGGAAAUAGGUUCAACAGUCAGACUCUGCAGCUCAUUGAGAGGUGUUUGAACCAGGACUCUGAUCCUAGACUAAGUGAUAACCGCAACUGGGACAGUGACUCAGUGCACAGCUCACCCGCCAAAAACAACAGGGGAGGUCGGGGAAGGAACCAGAAGAGUCCUACCCCAACUAGAGAUAUUCACAGUGUUCACAGUAAAGAGAAUGUUAUUCACCCAGUGGAGCCAAAUUCUCGCACAAGAAAAGGGCGAAGGAAUCGGAGGAGAAAUUCCCGCAGCAGAGAACCUAGUGCUGAAAAGUAUAAUGACUCCAGAGGCUCACCAGGUUGUAACUCAAAGAAUGGAGAUCCUUACAACAGCCCCCACAGUGAGAGAGGCUUUGGUAGCUGUGAAAGAGUCUUUUACAACAGCAACUUCAACUCUCCCAGUGAGCGGUAUGACAGAGGAUACGAUAAUUAUGAUCGAUACAGUAGUAUUAACAAUAGUCGUGCUAGCAGUAGAAAUUCUAGCCGUGAGAGAACUCCUCAACAUGCUUCUUACCAUACUAAUUGGAGAGGUGCCUCCAGCCCCUCAAGUCCUGCCAAAGGUUACCAAAGUAGAAACUCACCUGGAAAGCCACCUUCUGGGAGGUUAGGCUCACUGCCCAAUGUCACUCUUGACUACAGUGAGAACACAAGGAGAAGCCCAACUCCAAGCAAUGAAGAGAAUUAUAGAUAUCAUACACUGCCAGUUAAACAUAAUCGAAACCCCUUGAUGGGAAGUCAUCGAGCAAACAGUAUUGAUAACUCAGAUUUGUUGAAAUAUUGUCAGCAAAUUAGAAUAGGGUUUGCAAUAUAUCAGAUUGCCACUUACAGUGCCUGCUGUGAGGACGCUCAUCUGAACAUCUUGGUGACAAUCGACUUGUGAAAGCCAUACUUUUUAAGAUAAACAAUGGAAUGGGAAUACAUGAAAUUUAUUCAGGCAGUGAAUACAGAAUUCUGUACAAUAAUUAAUUGACGUCGCAUUCGUUUAAGAAUUGCGAUCAUGAUGAGUUCAUGAUAGAAGACAUCAUGGGAUAUUUUAUUUUAUUUUAUUUUAUGUUUUCUUUGACAAUGGGAUUUGCUUGAGCAGAAAGUCAGCAUUGCAUGACAGAAAUACAUUGAUGAGCAGCAACCGUUUAUUUAGAAAUUGUGUUGUGAUCAGAUAAUCUAUAUUAUGUAAGUUUAUAGUGUCUGAAUGUAGCAGUUUUGAAAUGCAAUGUUUAAAGAAAAAGACGGUCUUUUUCAGAUGAUGAGAGAGAGAAAAAAAAGGAUCGUUUUCUACACAUACUGUAAGUCAACUAUGUGAAUGAUGUGAAUUUCGUAGUAUAUAUUUUUGUACAUCUUUCACAUAUGCUUUUUCUCCCUGAAACUUGUCAAUAAAUAUGUGAUUCCUAA